CAGAGCCGAUAAAACAGAAUGGUUCUGUCAAAAUGGCUGAGCGUUUGUGCACGGUUUGCUCCGGCCAGUGAAGGAAAUUAUCUGUACGUGUAAAUUAAACGUUCGAAGUCUGUGAGCAACGAACGGCUACGUUUUUCUAAAAAAAUGCUAAUGUCUGGUAAACGCAACUUGUCCAAGGAGGACAUCAGAGCCGCGGAUAAAGAUGAAAAAGGAAAGUUGUUGGAACACGACAGCGAUCUUGAUGAGGACAUGUUGUUCAGUCGGCCGGGUACUUCGAACAAGGAUGAAAGGAUCGACAAUAAAGUGGAUUGUGUCAGACUGCAGAUUCAAGAAGUGACAGAUGUAAUGAGGGACAAUGUUCAGAAGGUGAUCGAUCGUGGCGACAGACUGGAGGAUCUGCAAGAGGCGAGCGAUCGUUUGAACAUGGCCGGGAACGAAUUCAGAGAGGCCGCGAAGCGAGCGCAACGAAAAGCGUGGUUACAGAACGUGAAAUCAAGGAUCCUUAUCAUCAGCGUCACCGUAACGAUCGUGCUUUUCAUCAUAGCGCGUGUCAUUUUCAGUUCUGGACAUCAUGGUGCUCUACUUGGUUCUGAGAUAGCGACCGCGAUGUCUGGAGUCUUGAUCGUUGAGAUUAAGCAUCCAUUGUUAUGAAGUACACAUGAACAUGAAGCCUGACUGGAGAACCGUCACUUAAUCUCUUGUCCAUAUCUUGUACAUUUAUAUCUUUUUUCCAUGGAUAUUAUACGUGUUAUACAUAGUUAUAAGUCUGUAUAAAUAUAUCUUCUAUUAUUUUUGUUUAAA